AUGACAUUGGCUGAAGCUAAAGCUGCAUAUUCAGCUGGUGAUGACUACGUCGCCCAAAAUGAUUUUCAAUCCGCGGAGUCAUCAUACCGGCGCGCCAUCCAGCUUUAUGACUCAGCCGGCGGAAGUCUCGUUGACAGAUCAUUUGCGCUUCAUGAUUUGGGAUUUUGUUUAAGUAAGCAAAACAAUUAUAAAGAAGCAGAGAAGUUUCUUAAUGAAGCGUUGGUCAUCAGAAGAACACUUGGCGCUCAACAUAAACCACUUCUUGCUGACAGGACACAAACUGUGACACAGCAGUCAUCAUCAAGAGCAGUGAGUAGCAUUGCUCGUUUCCUAGACUGCAAACCUCUUUAUCAACUUGGGCAAUGUUUGAUUGACCAAGAGAUGUAUGAAGAUGCAGUGAGAUAUUUGAAAGAAGCCGUUGAGCUGAAUCGUACUUUGAACAACAAAGAGUCUACUGCAAAGGAGUCGGUCGGCCUGUUGCAGCUCAAAACAACGAGGUGGCGUGCAGCCUCGAAAAGAUGGCUCGCUGCCGCUCCGAUGGACAAGGUAGCUUGCUGUCUUGGCCUUGUUCUCCACUCUCGUGCCGUGGUUGCUCGGAGCGACCAGUCAGCUCUUCACGAACUUGGGCGGUGUUUGAGUCACCAAGAGAUGUUUGAUGAUGCAGUGAGAUAUUUGAAAGAAGCCGUUGAGGUGAAUCGUACUUUGAACAACAAAGAGUCUACUGCACUGAUGUUAUGUUUGAUGCUGUGGAUUCCUGCAUUGUGUAGAUCUUUACAAGUGUUGGGUGUCUGCCUGCAAGAGAAAGGCAGUCCUAUUGAUGCUGAGAUUCUACUGAGAGAAUCUCUAAGCAUCUUCAGGACUGCCUUUCCCAACGACAAAACUUCCAUUGCUAACACCUUGGGUGGGUUGGCAAUAAGUUUGAUGGACCAACAUAAACAUGACGAAGCUAUAAAAAUUUAUGAGGAAAAACUUGAAAUCGAGAAACAUUUACCGCCUGGUCGUGAAACCUUUAUUGCAAGAGCAAGGAAGAACCUCAUCUACUGCCGUUCAAUGCAGGAGAAAACCAAUGUUACAAAACUGCCUGCCAAUCACCAGCAAGCAUCUGAGAGUGAAUGGCUCAAAUUGAUAGCCAAGUCACUAAAUGGUAAAGAAGUGCAAUUGAAGGCAAAAGCAUCUGAUACUAUUGCCAUACUGAAGAAGCAACUUGGUAGCAAGGACGAUUCUUCAUCCAUGGAUCAACUGCUCGUUGUGAAUGGAAAACAAUUACAUGAUGAGCAAACAUUGUCUGAGGCAGGAUUGACUAAUGGAAUGAAAAUGAAGUGUGUGUCAUGCCCACGGGCAGUGACGAGCAUGGGCUCCGAUGUUGGAGAGUUAUUUGUGCGAGCUCUAGAGCAAGGAUUGAUUGAAAUAACGCGAGUCAAGAUUGUCAUCGUGGGCAAGGACAGAACGGGGAAGACGUCUUUCAAACGAUCCUUGCUCAAUGAGAAGUUCCAGGUAUGUGAAGCGAGCACACCCGUGGCUAAGGCAGAAGUGGCCGUUUGUGAAGCAUGCAACUGGAGUGCUUUGCAUGACAAAGACCAGCAAUUUUUAGACAGACAAAUAGCUAGAGCAGCGAUCCGUGCACAGCAUGCUUCUAAUGUAAAUGAGGCAGGUAGUAAAGAUGCCGACAAUGAAGAUGGACAAACUGCAAACGCUCAAUUUGGCACAACCACAAGCAAGCCGCGUGAAGCGACUGCAUUGAGUCAAGCUACUGCAAUCAAGACAAACACAGACAAACUAGACAAAGCAGCUGCAUCUAUUGGUGAUGCCGAAAGCAGCACAAGCAACGACAAACUGGACGAAGCCAUUGUCCUGACCGAAGGAAUCGGUCGUGCUAUAAAGCAGUUUCAAAGUGAUCCGGAUAUUCUGAAGCAAGAAGAAUCAAAAGUUUACCAUACCAUCUGGGAUUUAGGAGGUCAGGAACUCCUACUUCCUGGUCAACAACAAGCCAUCACACCGAGAAGUAUUGUUUUUCUCGUGUUUGAUGCAAGGAAGUUUCUCAAUGACGAGGCCCAAUCGUCCCACCGUUCUUCCUCUGAUUCAGAAGAAACUCCGAUUCCUAACAUGUGGAUCGAAAAGAAUUACGAUGCUUUGUCUUUAUGGGGAUCUACGACUUUCUUGGCAAGAGGCGAGGGUCACCAUUUAAUUGAUUCUCUUGACAAGUCAUUGGCAUGCGCAUUGCCCGUUAUGUUCUUGAUUGGAACACAUAUCGCCGAAGUCGGUGAAGAAAUGAUAGAGAAGCAGAAUAAAUUUCUGUCUGAGAAGUUUUUUGAUCAGAAAUUUACGGAGCACAUCUACCGACCAAGCCAGCAGCCUGAUGAUUGGUUUUUCCGUGUUGAAAACUCGGUGUCCGAUCCAGAAUCUCCAAACGAGGAUCCGGGUGUAGUUGCAGUGAAACAAGUCAUUGGAAAGGUGACAAAUUCUGUGUCAUUUAAAAGUUUGAUACCAGCGACUUGGGCUGUGCUGGAGAAAAUCUGCGAUGGUCUAGAAGAGAAGAUGGGCAGUGCCUUGUCUAGUGUCAAUGUUAUCUUGGCUUUGGCCAAUCGAUUGUGUCGUAUCUCUGAAGAGAAAGAAGUGCGUGCGGCUCUGGUGUAUUUAGAUGACGCCGGAUCAGUAAUAUUCCCUCAGAAGAGUGAGAAAUUGAAGGAUACGGUCGUCACCAAACCGAAUUGGCUUUUUACGGUUUUUUCAGUUAUUGCAUCAGUCCACUAUCCUUCUGGGUCAUUUUAUGAGUAUUGGUUUCGAGCCACGACUACAGGAAUCGUUAGCUGGGAGCUGAUGAAUGAUUGCCUCGGAAAGGCAGGAGUAAAAGAAGCAGAAUACGAAGUCGUAUUGAAUUUGUUGAAUUGCUUAUAUUUGCUCUCUCCUAAAUCUCCAGCAAUUUCUUACGAAACGGAAUACUUUGUUCCUUGUCUGCUGAAGUCUAACCUAAACUUGCCACUAGCAGCUGCUGCUCCAGUGAAUCCUAGCAAUCUCAAACCAUUCUCACUCAUUAUUUCUUCUUGCCAAAUUGCAUUUAUUCCCGAGCAGCUGCAUUUCAGGCUAAUGACCUGUUGCAUUGAGGAAUAUCCUGAUGAGCCGGUGUUGACACGUCACCACGCUGUGUAUCGAGUUGAGAAAGGUGUCACGUUAGAAAUGGCUUAUUAUUCCAAGAAAUACAUCAUUUUGACCAUUGACACAACAAGACCAUGCCAUGAAAUUGCUUCCUUAUGUACAGGCAUCCGUCUGUUUAUAACCGAAAAGCUUGAUGAAGUGAAGAAACCAGGAUUGCCUAAUUUCCACUUUUCAGUAAACAUUCAACCCUCAGGACCAGCUGUUCCUGUCUGUCCCACUAAGCUAGUAUGUAUAGACAAGUACAAACCAAGUGGAGACACACCACUGAGAGUAAACAUCAGCAGACUUGAUGUGAAAUUAGAUCCAAAUGAAAGAGCUGCAUUAGACUGUUGGUUUUACGAACAGAAAAAUGAUGAUAAAGGAACAGCACAACAUCUAAAGUGUAAAGCAGACAGCAAGUGCACAAGUAACGAGAUCACAAAUGUAGCAAGGAAAAUUUCCGCUGAUUGGGAGGAACUUGUCUUAGUGUUGUCAUCAUCUAUCUUUUCGAUGAACAGGAUAGAAGAGAUACAAGAAGAAAAGAAGCGCAAGGUUAUGCAAGCUCAAAAGGCAUUGGACAUCUGGCAUAACAAAAUGGGCAGUAAAGCCAGUCGGCGGUUACUGAUCGAGGCCAUGUGUGAGAUUAACGUCAGACUGCCAGCGGAAGAAGUCUUUGGCCAACAAUUAGUUGAGUUUGUUUGCCCACAAGAAUAAUUGGGAGUGACUAUAAGAUUUGUUGGCAUCGCAUGAUGAUGCAACAAUUCAUUACUGGGGUGUAGUUUGCCAUGAACUAAACACACUUUAGGGUUCUUUUUUAUCAUUUGACAAUCAACAGUUUACAAGAUUAAAUAAAGUAGGUUACGUGGUUUACCAAUAACGUGGUUUUGCUCUAUUAUAUCUACUAUCCUAAGUAGUUAGUUAGAGUCUAGUACUGUAGUCUGAUGUGGUGAAACCAAGUGUCUAACACACACUAGAAUCACCCAGACACACAAGAUAUCACAAGUCUGUCAUGUAUGGAGAAGUUAACACUGAAGGAAGUUGAUUGUUGAUUGUGGACAGGAAGUUGUUGUUUUUGCUGCUGCUGCUUCUGCUGUGUUUGUUGUUGUUGUUGCUGCUGCUGCUGGUGUUGGUGUAGUUGUUGUUUUGGCUGCUGCUGCUACUGCUGUUGUUGUUGCUGUUGUUGCUGCUG